AUGAUGCAGACUGCCCUUCAACAGCCCGUGGGGAUGACGCUGUUGGCUGAUGCCGCCACGUCCCUCACGGCUCUUAAAGGUUCAACCUCGAUUUCGGUUUCUGCUUCCCCGGCUCCAAUUACACCCCCGGAGUCGACACGGACCGUGAUCACCCUUUUCACCCCCGGCCAGGAGGGAAUCGUGCAGGUCAUUGCGGAUAUUCUUGGCAAGCCAUGGACGACCCAAACCUCCUUGUCUGCCCUCGGGAGGGGCAGUAAUGCAGUGGUUGUCGGCAUUUUGGCCACGAAAGACCUGGCUCGGGACCUGCAAGAAGGCGAUCACGCAGCAUGGAUCCUGGUCAACACACACUGUGUUGAUGAUGGCUCAUUCCCGGAGGAAGCGCUGAGCGACUGCUGCCAUUACGAAUUCUUAUACUCACUCCGGAGUCCCUUCUUUCGCCGGGACCUAACCCGGUUUCUCUCCUUGAUCCUUGGUCAAACUCGUCCCCACGAGGAUCUCAAAACCAAAAGCCGGACAAAUUUCAUUUCGACAACUUUCCCGGACGUCCAUGCUGCGCUACCGAAUCUGGACAUACUCUCCGUGGGCUCGGAUGCGGUGGAAAUUCGUGUAGACUUGCUGGUGGAUCCUACACCUCCGUCGCCAGAUACUUCGAGUGCGGUGCCGAGCCUACGGUAUGUUGGACAGCAGUUAAUGUUAUUGCGGCAGCAUACGGAACUGCCAAUCAUAUUCACCACUCGUUGUACGAAGGAAAAUGGCAAGUUCCCGAUGGAUGACCCUCAUCUCUUCUACCGCUAUCUGCGUCGCGCCAUUCAAUGGGGGGUGGAAUAUAUCGAUGUGGAGUUGUGGCUGCCAGAAUCAAUCCGCCAACGGUUGGCAGCGGAGAAGGGCAACAGCAUCAUCAUGUCAGCCUUUCAUGAUUUUUCGGGGACGUGGAGGUGGACGUCACCCGAAGCGCCACGGAUCUAUGCGCAAAGCGCAAAGUACGCAGAUAUUGUCAAGAUGAUCGCGAUGGUGACGACGAUCGAGGCCAAUUACGAGCUUGAGUAUUUCCGGUCGGAGAUUCGUAAGAGCCACGGCACGUAUCCCCUGCUGUCGGCGGUCAACAUGGGCCAGUUAGGCCAAUUGUCGCGAGCGCUCAAUACAGUAUUCUCGCCCAUCACGCACCCGUUGCUGCCGAUGAUUGCGGCUCCGGGCCAGCUGACAGCGGCGGAGAUCAACGAGGCACUUCACAUCAUGGGCCAGCUGCCGAAACGCGACCUGUAUGCGAUUGGAUCGUUUCGGGCGACGCCACAGUCCAUGUUUAUGGAGAAAUGUUUCAACGAGUUGAGCCUACCGCACACAUUGACCUCAAUUGACCGCGGACCGAUAGGCUCGGUCGAGCGAGUGCUCACGCAGCCCACGUUCGGAGGUGCCUCGGUGCAUCCACCAAUCCCGAGCGGCACCGGUUGCAUCCCAGCCGUGAGCGAGGCGGCGCGAGCGAUCGGGCUUGUGGACACGAUUGUGGCCGGACCGCAGGGGCCGCAGAAUUCACUAGUCGGGGAGAACGCGACGUGGAAGGGCAUCCGAGCUACCCUGACCCGCGAUUAUGUGCCGUCGGCGUAUCAAGGCCGGACAGCAAUCCUGUUGGCGGGGAGCGAGAGUGAAGCAUCGGCGGCCAUUUAUGCCCUGCGCAGCUUGGGAGUGGGUGCGAUCCACACGGUAGGCUUCCGGGCCCGGGGUCCCUUGGCAGCGGGGCUCGAGCCCUUCACGUCGAUUCAGUCCGUCAAGCGGGUUGAACAGCCGUUUGUCAUGAUCUCUGCGUUACCUCCAGAAAAGUCAUUGCUGGUACAGCCGCUGUUGCGGCAUUACCGGACCAGUGGGCGGUCUUCGCCGCCCUCGACCCGGGGUAAGGUCUAUCUCGACUUGACUCGGGGUGAGCGCACGGGCGAUCCUGUAAGUGUUGCUGUGCGUGCCGGGUGGACUGCAUAUGGAAUUGAGGAUGUGGACGCGUGGACGACAGUGGAGACGCUGCGCUUGCUGGUGGGCCAGAAUGUGCCAUUUGACUUUGUGCGGAUGGCAUCAGGACGGGUCUUUUGA